AUGUCUGUAACUGUCGAGCGGGAGUUGGAGGAGCUGGAAGCUCAGAAUUGCUGGCAGCAUCUGUACUUGAUGAUCACUCAAAAGACCAAAGCAGUUGUCAUGCUAAACCGAGUCAUGGAGAAAGAAUCAGUUAAAUGUGCACAGUACUGGCCAACAAAAAAUGACCAAGAGAUGCUGUUUAGAGAAACAGGAUUCAAUGUGAAGUUCUUAUCAGAAGAUGUGAAAUCAUACUAUACAGUACAUGUGCUACCAUAUCAGUAG